AUGUCUCCUUUGAGCAGGGAGUCUCCACUUCCGGCGGAAGCCACCCAGAUCAGGAAAAGUCUGAAACCAUUAAUGGAGAAGAGGCGCCGGGCCAGGAUCAACGAGAGCCUCAACCAGCUCAAGGGACUCAUCCUGCCUUUGGUUGGGAAAGAUGGCUCCCGCUUUUCCAAGCUGGAGAAGGCCGACAUCCUCGAGAUGACCGUCCAGUUCCUGCAAGACCUUCCGGCCCCUCCCUCGGCCUCCGGACCCGCAGGCGGGGCCAACGACGACGGGGCCUUCCAGUUGGGCUUCCACGCGUGCCUCUCUCGCCUCUCGCUCCUGCUCCCCGAAUGCGCCUGCCGCGACCUCUUGGCGCACCUCUGCACGGCCUGCGACCCCCAUGCGUGGACGGCCAGUCCUCCGCCGCUGCCCACCGCCCAGCCGCCGGCACCUUUGUGGAGGCCUUGGUAGCUCCCCAAAGAGCAAAGAGACUCCAGCUUGAAUGGCCAUCUGCCAGGAGGGUUCAGGUGGUGCCUCUUGGGCUCCCUUCCGAAUCUCCUGGGAAUUUUUUUUUGCACAUUUCCGGCCGACGUCCGGACGGCACUUUAACCCUGUAUAUAUCCUCAUCGAUGUGGUUUUGCAAUAAAAUAAAUAAUUGAGAACGGAAA